GACCUCGUCAGCAUUUGAUCUUUGAAUCAUUGUAAAGAAAGAUAGCAAAAUAGAAGAUCAAAAACGCAUUUGAAAGGAAAGAAAUCUAUUUUACUAUGGAAAAUAUCACGACUGUUAAUGCGACUUUAAACGAAACGGCGAAAAAUGCGACUGGAAGAGAAGCUGCAACGACAGAAGGACUCGUGGUGGCUUACUCAAGUUUAAUCAUUAUGGCAGUGUUGCCAAUCUUCUUUGGGUCAUUUCGUUCAGUUUUACACUACAGGAAACAAAAGGAAAAUGGUGAAAAACCAGACAGUAUGACACAUAAAGAUGCCAUGAUGUUUCCUGUUGUUGCAAGUGGUGCUUUGUUGGGACUUUACAUUAUCUUUAAACUCUUUAACAAAGAUUAUUUAAAUCUCCUGUUGGCAUUGUAUUUCUUUUUCUUGGGAGUUUUAGCCUUGACGCAUUUGCUCAAGCCUAACGUGGCGCCUUUACUGUCAACCAUUGUCCCAAAUGUACCAUACCAUUUAACCUGCACAGAAGGCACUGGUGACAAGAAAACAGAUAUAAUGGAUUACGAAUUUGAUCGCAUCGAUCUUAUUUGCGUCUCUGUGUCGACGAUAUUUGGAAUCUGGUAUCUUGUUAAGAAGCACUGGAUUGCAAACAACGUGUUAGGUCUGGCUUUUGCUGUUAAUGGUGUUGAGCUUCUUCAACUUAAUAGUGUGAUAACCGGAUGUAUAUUACUUGGUGGUCUAUUUAUUUACGAUAUUUUCUGGGUAUUUGGUACAGACGUUAUGGUUACUGUUGCAAAGUCCUUCGAAGCACCAAUUAAACUGAUCUUUCCCAUGGACAUACUCGAAAGAGGUUUGGCUGCAAAAAACUUUGCGAUGCUGGGGUUAGGUGAUAUUGUCAUUCCAGGAAUAUUUAUUGCCCUGCUGUUAAGAUUCGAUAGAAGGAAUGUUGGCAGUGACUCAAAGCGCCCUAUAUAUUUCUACUUUACAAUGGUGGCGUAUUUUCUUGGCUUGUUAUUGACUGUUCUAGUGAUGCACGUUUUCAAAGCAGCGCAACCAGCAUUGCUGUACCUGGUGCCUGCUUGCCUUGGCACCCCUAUAAUCCUGGCUUUGCUCAAAGGAGAUAUAAAGAGUCUCUUUACGUAUCAAGAUCACACAGAAGAAGCGCUCAAUAAAAAGCCAGAUGAGGCUUCUGGUGAAAACGCGAAUAAAGAAAAUGCAAACAAGGAAGGCGAAAACAAGGAAAACGAGAACAAAGAAUCGGCAGAGAGCGAUGAAACCAAGAAGUCUUUGUAAAUAUAGUACCUUGUCCAGCAUGGAUUACAGCAAUUUCAUUUCGGGGUUUUAGGCAUAGCUUAUAACUUAGUGUAGAUUAUUUUCAUUAGAGCUGAUUUGACUGGGCUGGAUUGUGUGAAGAAAUUGCAUGGUAAUUUUUCAACCAUUCUGUAAUCCAUACUGGCAGCGGCAAGAUGUCUGUAUACAGCCCUCAGGCACUCUUACUCGGUCUUUCAGUCAGAAAAAGGCAAUAUUAAUAUUAUUUAUCUUCUCAUUUUAAAGAUUUUCAUAACUAUCUUAUCUCUGCAAACAUUUUGAUUAAAAGGAACAAGAUGUCCGCCAUCUUUGAUUUCUGUAGAAGUGCAUGUUACCUCCCAAAAGUAGAAUUGCAUUGCAAGUUGCAAGAAAAAUUGCAUCGUUUAACACGGCCUUAUACAUGCAGCUAUGCCUUUUGAGAACAUCUGGCAACCAAUAUCUGGUCAGCAACGAACAUUUGUGGGGUUAACCCUGUUGCGACCUCACCAAAACUAUCUGUGAAUUCCAAAAAUGAAAAAUCUGUAAAAGAGGUUAACCCGGUUUGAAAAAAACUUUUCAGUGAGAAAAUAAAAGUUGCAUUGCCCUUUCCUUAGGCAAUAUUAAAGCAAUUUAUAGAGUUGUGAUUUAAGAGGUCUGCAACACUCGAUCAACCGUACCCACGGCCAACAUAGGCCUCGGCUUAUAUUUGUAUUAAAUACAAGGUCGUAUUUGAUUGAUGUUGUUACCUCUUUCCGAUCGCAAACUGCCAAAGCCAUGUAAUAACCAGUCAAAACCAUUCGCUGCUAGCAAAUUUUGCAGUAGACCCUUUCAAUUAGCCCUUAGGGCUGCUUUGCACUGUCACGUUUUUUGCAGUAUGCUGCGUACUCGCACGUAAAAGCUUCUAAGUUGUUGUAUAAUUAAUUUUAUGCCAGAAAAAACGCAGGAAAUCAUCAACAGAAUCCAACCCUAUGCAUGUAUUCAAUCGGUCAUUUCAUAAGUAUAAUUUUAAUUUAACCCUUUACGUGCGUAUACGUACGUACAAAGACCGGGGCAGUGGAAAACAGCUCUAAGCCUUAACAGAAAAACGAGAUCUAGAGCCCCUUUCUGGUGAAAACGUUUUUUGCAGUUCUUGGGAUUAAAGAUUGCAAUCCAUUUCAUUUAAGGUGGCUAUAAGUUGAAAACUAUGAAGUUGUAACGUAAUUAUUAAAAGGUCUAUCUAUCUAAAUCAA